UGAAAAACUCCUUUCUGAGAGAAAAAGUCGAUGGCUACCUUUGGGACACGAACCCACAUAUCUUGUAGACAUGAAAAGCAUUUUACUGUUGUCCGCUCCUGUGUCCGGGCAGCCUUUGACUUUUCCUUUUCAUUAGGACUUUUCAAUUCAAUAUAUACAUGCUGUGAUUUAUGGAUUUAUUAGAUUUAUGUGCUUCGAGACACAUUAUUCCCACGCACACACAUACAUGCCCGCACACGCACACAAUAUAUAUAAUGCAGAAACAAACAGUAUAAGCAUUUCUUAUCUACUUCACACUUUCAAUAUUUUUAUAUUGUCUUCCUAAUCUACUUAGUUACGAAAGUAUCCAUCCCUGCGCUCUAAGUUUUAAACCUAUAUAGAACGAAAACAGUACAACAAACAUUUUCAUAUAGUUUAUUAUAUCACUUUGUGCUAUCCAUAGUUUACCCUCGACCCUAUGCAACCACGAUAACACUUAUUUUAGUUUCCUUGGAGAAGUCAAGUGUAGUGAGCUGAACGACACAUUUAUCAGGUCUGGCUCCUGAAAAUGCAAAGCAACUAACUGCUGAUGAAAUGCUGCGACUAAAAUUAUAUUCUGUGAUCAAAGGUAGAUAUCAAUUUCUUCGCAAAGCAAAAACAGGCAAGAAGUUUAUUUGAGCAAACAAUAUGGAAAUGGAUUUGAAAUUAAAAAUAUUUAGCUGUGGAAUAUGUAAAGAGACCUUUUCUUUGACUAAAGAACUAAGUGCACACAUGAAAAUACAUUCAAAAGAAAUAAAGCCUUUUAAAUGUAAAAUAUGUGGGAAAAGUUUUACAAAGAAUUUCCUCUUAAAAGUUCACACACAAAAACACAAUGGAAAGCAGUUUCAUUGUAAAGUAUGCAAUAAAGGAUUUUCAGAAAACUAUAACUUGAAAAAUCAUAUGCGACUUCAUACUGGUGAGAAACCUUUUCAUUGCAACGUAUGUAACGAAAAGUUUUCAACAAAUUACUUUUUUAAAAAGCACAUGAUAUUGCAUACUGGAAAAAAUCCUUUCCAAUGUAAAAUUUGUGAUGCAAAUUUUUCAUCUAAUUAUCUUCUUAAAAAACAUGCCAGAAUUCAUCCGAGUGAGAAAGUAUUUGCUUGUGAAAUAUGUGGUAAAGACUUUUUUACAAGUUACUUGUUAAAAAGGCAUGUCAGGGCACAUACUGGGGAGAAACCAUUUCGCUGUGAAAUUUGCGACAAACUAUUUUCUACAGGGUAUCUUUUAAAAAGACAUCUUUGGGGACACACAGGAGAGAGACAUUUUUACUGUGAGAUUUGUGGAAAAGAUUUUGCUUUUUGUGAAUCAUUAAAACGACACUUGAAAACACAUUAUGAUGAGGAACGAUACUCCUGUGAGAUAUGUGGGAAUGAUUUUGCUACAAAUUAUUAUUUAAAAUGCCACUUGCGGACACAUUCUGGAGAAAAACCUUUCCACUGUGAAACAUGUGGGAAAGAUUUCUCAUUUGGUCAGUCUUUAGCAAGACACAUUCGAAUACAUACUGGUGAAAGACCGUUCCUUUGUUCAACAUGUGGUAAAGAUUUUUCUCAAUAUUCUCAACUAACGAAGCAUACAAGAACUCAUACUGGUGAGAAACCAUUCCAUUGUGAAAUAUGUGGUAAGGAUUAUUCUGGAAACUGUGAUUUAAGGAAUCAUAUGAUGGUUCACACCGGUGAGAAACGGUAUAAUUGCAGGUUUUGUGGAGAAAAGCUGUCUACAUACUAUUACUUGAAAAAACAUAUUAGAUCACACACAGGAGAGAAACCUUUCCGUUGUACAAUUUGUGGAGAAACCUUCUCCUCUAAUUACUUUUUGAAGAGACAUAGAAUGGUACAUACUGGAGAGGAAAGCUUUGUCUGCAAUGUAUGUGGUAAAGAAUUUUCAUAUAAUGAAUCAUUAAGAAGGCACAAGAAAACUCAUAAUGGAAAGGAAGCACUUGCUAAUAAAGAUUCUUGUAAAAGUUUAUCUGUGAAAGAGAAUAUGAAGGUUUGAAAAGCAAUUUUAUUUUUUAAACAAAUACAACUGAAGCAGACAACUACAAUUUUGACUUUCAACAUCAUGAUGAAAAGUAAGUGAACUGUAACAUGCCAAAGAUGUUUUUAGUUUUUGACAAGAGCCUGAUGGAGCCACUUCCUAACAGUGUGAUACCUGGAGUCUUCAAUGAAUUUUGUUUUCACUAUCUGUGUUGGACAAAAUUUGGUGUUUUCUUACCUCCAGUAAGACUUUCAAUAUGCCUUAAGGAAUAGCUUUGACUGACUCCAGCAAUAUACUUGAUUAGCUCUUCCAGUGUAUGUGUUGUUUAGGAAGAGCCAGUUCAUGGUUUGGCCCUGUGUAUUGUUGUUUUAGUUUCUUUGGUCCUUGGAGCUGGCUGGUCACAAUCAAGCACCCCAUUCCAUCUAUCAACCUCUCACUACCAUUCUAUAUCCAACCACAAUAAUCACUAUAUCCAAUCCUUCCUGUCCUCCAGAAUAUCAUCCUGCUAGUUGCUCUUCCCUAUUCAUGUCUCUCCUGCAGGUAUUGACUUGCAAUGCUUCUAACAGAACAUUAAUGACAUCAAUCUCACCAGUCUCUGAGGGCCUGCAAAGGUCACAGUUUAUAUUCCUUCCUCUAGAAUUUAAAA